AUGUACAAGACCCAGUCAUCAUCCUAUACUACUGUACAGGAUGAGAAGAAUCUCAUCUCAUCUUGUCCACCACUAGCCCAGCGUCGUACAAUGUGGUUGUUUAUCCGUGCAUUAUUGUGGAAAAAUUGGAAGCUCAAGCGACGUCAUCCAAUUGCGACUUUGAUGGAAAUUGCACUGCCUUGUUUUUUUAUCCUUCUUUUGGGUUUGUUGAAAGGUUUGGUGGAGGACGUUCAUGUACCUGCUGGUUGGAGUGAUGACGUCAUCAAUCUCGAUGACAACGGGUCACAGGGAACGUCCUAUAAUCUUUUUCAACCAUCUGGUACGUAUUUAUCCGGCAUUCCGGCUAGUUUACCCAAAUUUACCAUGCAUGAAACGUCCAUUUGGGGUAUUUUGGUAUAUAUGGGUACAUUAUCGCUUUCCGAAGGUAUGGAAAUGGAUGAGUUAUCCUCGUCUGAUUUAGCAGAUUGUACCAAUGGCGUCAUCAUUCAAGGACUCGUCGAUCUCGAUCCAACAUCGGAGUAUGCUGUACCCAUUUCCUGUGGUGGUAAAGUUGUGCCGUAUAAAAUUGCCAUUGCGCCGGAUAAUUUGUUUACGCGAAAUUAUUUCAUGCAAACAAUGGAAUCCUGGUAUCCACGAAUUAAUCUACUAAAUACGUCAUCAUCUGCUUCGGUUGUUUUUCCAUCGUUGAUGGAAAGUGUGGAGUUUUUUGACACGGAAGAAGCAUUGGAAGAUUAUAUUCGUAGCAAUGAUUACGCAUCCAGUCAGGAGAAGCCUUAUAUUUAUGGUGGAAUUAUUUUCAAUACGUACCCGACUGACGAGAAUAUUGGGUCCUUUCAGAAUAUUGAAUACACUAUACGACUGAAUUCAACCAUUGGGCGAGAAAAUGCAAUUGGACUCAUUCCUCGAACAAGUGGUGAUCCACCCGAGGUCUCACCGUUUCAAAAAUCAAUCAAUACGGAGUCUUACUCGAGAUACAGUAUUACAGGUUUCAUGACAUUACAAACACUUGUAACAAGGUUUGUAACUUGUAUGCCACUUUGGGAUGCAGAUACAAGAACGACAAGGGGAGAAUGUCAACGUCCAGAAACAACAGCAGAUGGAUCAAUGGAAAUUAAUGAGGUCCUGUUGUCAUCAUUGGAUAAUGAUGUACUUAUUCAAGCUGUGGUGAAUAAUAUUGUGGAUUCAGAUGCUACGUUUUCAAGUUUGAUUGAGUUUUUCUCGAACGAAACAUUGGAGGCGUUGUUAAAACCACUACGACAAGCUCCACAACCAUAUCUUGGAGCUUCUGUUGCACCAUUUCCGAUUGAAGCUUACGUUAGUUCACCAUUUUAUGAUCAAGUAUCGGAUGUAUUUGCAAUCAUCUUUAUUCUGUCAUAUUUGUACUCUAUCUCACGGAUUUUGGUUGCUUUGAUUCAAGAGAAAGAGCUACGGUUGCGUGAAUACAUGAAGAUUCUAGGCGUUCAAGAGAAAGCCAUUGUUGUAUCUUGGUACAUGACGUAUCUUGUUAUUCUCUUUGUGGGUUCAUCUUUACAAGCGCUUAUGGGUAUGGUUGGUCUCUUCUCGAACAGCUCCGUGGUGUUGAUCUUUCUUUUCUUUUUUCUCUUUAGUCUAAGUGUACUGGCGUAUGGUUUUAUGAUUAGCACAAUUUUCAGUAAAGCGCGCGUUGGUGCAUUUGUUGGCAUGGUGCUUUUCUUUCUCAUGUACUUUGUAUCAACGGCAUUUACGACAGAAACAUCUGAAAACAAAAAGACAGUAGGCUGUUUGCUUUCUCCUGUCGCGCUCUCGCUUGGUAUCACAGUCUUGUCGAACUUGGAGUCUACUGGAACUGGUGUCACGUUUUCGAACGCAGAUGUCUUGAAUGACAACUUUCGCUUUAGCCGAUCAUUGCUGAUGUUUGCUAUUGAUACGGUCCUGUAUACACUGCUAGGGCUGUAUUUUGAAAAGGUUGUUCCAAAAGAGCACGGCAUUACGGUGAAAUGGUAUUUUCCAUUGUCUCCCUCGUAUUGGAGGAACCGUCAACGAAUUUGCAAGCCGUUGGAUAUUGAAGUCCCUUUUGUUGAUAGCGUCUCUGUGGAUGUGAAUCAAAACUUUGAACCCGUGAAUGUGGAGCUUUGUAAUCAAGAAAAGCAGGGUGAAGUCUUGGCGGUUCAGCGGUUGCGUAAGGUCUUUCCUGUUCCUGGCGGUGAGAAGGUGGCAGUCCAAGGCCUUGACUUGACCAUGUAUAAGAAUCAAAUUACGUGCUUGCUGGGACACAACGGCGCUGGCAAAACGACACUUAUCUCUAUGCUGACUGGUAUGAUUGCUCCUUCUGGCGGAGAUGCUACUUUCCGUGGCUUGUCUAUUACUAAGGAUAUGGACAAGAUUCGUGAGUCAUUGGGUCUUUGUUUCCAACAUGACGUACUCUUUGAAGAAUUGACUGUGGAAGAACACUUGCUCUUUUUUGGACGUAUCAAGGGUUACACAAAAAACGAAUUGGACGAUGUCAUUACAAGGCAGAUCCGUGAGGUUGGACUGACUGAAAAACGCCACGUAAAAUCGGCUGAGCUUUCUGGUGGUAUGAAGCGAAAACUGUCGGUUGCCGUGUCCCUGCUUGGUGAUAGUUCGCUGGUGUUUUUGGACGAGCCAACGUCGGGAAUGGACCCAUAUAGUCGCCGAAGUACUUGGGAGAUCUUGCUGAAUAAUCGCAACAACCGUGUCAUGGUAUUGACGACACAUUUCAUGGACGAAGCUGACAUUUUGGGUGACCGUAUUGCAAUUAUGGCAGAAGGUGAACUACGUUGUUGCGGUUCGUCAUUGUUCUUGAAGAAUCGGUUUGGUGCAGGUUAUAACUUGACCCUAGUGAAAGACGACGCAAGCUGCAACGAUAGCGAUGUAAUUAGCUUUGUGACGUGUCGAGUACCAACGGCACGGUUGCUGAGCAAUGUUGGCAGUGAGAUUGCGUUUCAGCUGCCACUCGCGAGCUCAUCGAAGUUUGCGUCUAUGUUCGAGGAUAUGGACAAUAACCUUCAAAAGCUUGGUUUGCUGUCGUACGGUGUUUCGGUGACUACAUUGGAAGAAGUGUUCAUUAAAGUAGCUGAAUCAGGUGACCAUACUAACCAGCACACGCUUGGAAACCGUGCUCGCACUGAAGCGCCUGUAUCAAGCCUUGCUGCAGAAAGUGGGGCGGGUGCAAUUCCUGAGCAGACAGGCUCAAUGUUUAUGAUUCACCUCUGGGCUCUAAUUCUGAAGCGGUUUCGGUAUGCAAAACGUGACAAGAAGAUGAUAUUUUACAGUUUGGCUCUGCCCAUCCUGCUGCUGCUGGCUGGUUUGGGUUUGCUUCAUGGAACAACUUUCACCAAGGAUGACCCAAACUUGCCGUUGACCACAGAUGCGUUUGACUAUGGAACUGAGACCCCAACGCCUUACUUUUGUCAGCCGGGUACAACCGAUGAGGACCAGUGGUGUAGCGACGCGAUGGAUGGCUCCUACUUUACCGAUGUCUCAACCGAAGCGCUUGCGUUGCCAGAGCCAUCAUUCAGUUCAUCCUCACCGACUGUGUUUGGCGUGACGUACACGGAUCCUGUAGUGAAUACUACCGGCGCCACGGGAUAUGGUUUACGGCUGGGCGAGGAGGUAUACAAACGUGGCGUUGGCAUUGCCGGAGUCGACGGCCAACUUGGUGCCUACUUGGUGCAUGGAGAUAGCAACACGAAUCUUUUCGGCUACAACUUGUUCGUGAACACGACUGCCACACACGGUGCUAUUAUUUUCAAGGCACUGAUGGAUCAGACAAUUUAUCGCUUCUUCGCAUCAAACUCCAGCUCCGACGCUUCCAACGUCAAUCUGAUGGUCAACAAUCAUCCAUUACCGCUGACUGCAGACACGAAAGCUUUAUUUGGGUCUUUCCUGGCAUUUACGGCAUGCCUGUUUAUCUGUAUUGCCUUUACUUACUACCCAGCGUCUAUCGUAACAUUCUUGGUGAAGGAGAAAGAGUCAAAUCACGAUGCAAAGCACCAGCAGUUGGUGUCUGGGGUAUCGCUAGGAGCGUUCUGGCUUUCGAACUUCGUUUGGGACUUCCUGCUCUAUUUGAUCCCGUGCACUGCAGCGAUUCUUUUCAUUUAUGGGUUCGGCAUUGAUUCAAUGACCGGCGGUUCGACGUGCAACAGUUGCACGUCAGCGACGUUUCCAUCCGUGAUUGUGAUUCUGGUCCUGUUUGGACUGGCCAUCUGCCCGUUUACUUACUGCCUGUCGUAUCUGUUUAAGGAGCACGCUUCGUCGCAAACGUACACGAUCAUGAUUAACUUUGUCGUUGGUGUGGUGCUUAUGGUGGUAUCUUUCAUUCUGGAUGUGAUUGAGUCGACCAAGGACGCCAACGCGGUGCUUGUGUUCUUUUGGCGCUUAUCACCACCCUUCAACCUUGGAUAUGGACUGCUGAAUCUGGUGCUUAAUGAGUUGAAUACGAUCCGAGAAAGCGAUGAGGCCAAAACGAGCCCGUUUAGCACUGACAUUAUGGGGUGGGAGAUGAUUUUUUUGUUCUUUACAUCCAUUUUGUACGGAUUCCUGGCUGUUGGAAUUGACUACGCUAUGACUUUUCCAAAGAUAAAGGACUGGAUGAAUGGCAGCGACAAGGUUCAAGACGAUAUUUUUGAGGAAGACGUUGAUGUAGCAAACGAAGCCCAGCGUGUGGCCAAUGGAGAAGCAGACAGCAACACUGUGAAACUCGUAAAUCUUCGCAAAGUAUAUCGCGGCGGCAAGGUUGCGGUUCGUAACCUCUCGUUUGGUUUAAGACGUGGCGAAUGCUUUGGUUUUCUUGGAAUUAAUGGUGCAGGUAAGACCACGACAAUGAAAAUGCUGACGGGCGAUGAACUUCCUACACGCGGCACUGCGACGCUUGGAGGUUUUGAUAUCCUCACGCAGCAAAUUGAAGUGCGUCGUCAGAUUGGAUACUGCCCCCAGUUUGAUGCCUUGUUUGAUCUACUCACAGUUCGCGAGCACUUGGAGUUGUUUGCAUCGAUCAAGGGUAUACGUCGCUCUCAGCUAAAUGACGUUGUGGAGGACAAAAUCAAACAGUUGAAUUUGGGAGAUUUUGAACAGAAGCUCGCUGGCAGUUUAAGCGGCGGCAAUAAACGUAAGUUGUCGGUAGCCAUUGCCAUGAUUGGCAACCCACAAAUUAUUUUCUUGGACGAGCCGUCGACCGGUAUGGACCCUGUGUCGCGUCGCUUCAUGUGGGAUGUCAUUGCUGACAUUUCGACUCGCGGCAAGAACUCUACAAUCGUGCUUACAACGCACAGUAUGGAAGAGUCGGAGGCUUUGUGCUCUCGUGUAGGCAUAAUGGUUGGUGGUCGUCUUCGUUGUUUGGGCAGUGUACAGCACUUAAAGUCUCGUUUUGGCGAUGGUCUCAUUUUUGACGUAAAGCUUGCCAAUCCAUCGCAAGACGAGCUGGACGACCUUGUGCAGCGAUACUUUGGAGGCGCCGUUGGGACGGUCACUCGCGAGGAUUUGGAAGAUAAGUGCCGAAUAUUCGGAGAUCACGAGCUGGCCCAACGCGUCGUAGCGUCACACUCGACGGGAUACGGACUUGCCGCCAUAUUGGAGCGCGAUGGAUUCAUUCAAGCGGAGACAUUCCUGUCGUGGUGCAUGGAGGAAACUCGCUUUGAUGCACUUUUUAACUUUCUUAGCGACUCUUUUAGCCACGGCAGCGUGACGGUAAUGGAGCGUCAAAAUGACUUUUGCCGCUUCAAGUUGCGUGGCUCUGAGGACGAGUUACGAUUAUCAAAGGUCUUUGCCAUGAUUGAAGACAUCAAGGAGAACAUGCACAUUCGAGAAUAUAGCGUCUCGCAGACAUCGCUGGAGCAGAUUUUCAACUAUUUUGCUUCUCAGCAGGCUGAGGAAAAGGGUGUAGCUCGAGGUUUUCAGGGCGGGAAUUAA